AUGCAAGCAAUCAACUUGUCUGAUCUCCCCCCAGACGCGCGCAUUGAGAAUGAGCGAUCGAUAGAAGAGAGGUGGGCGGAGACGGCUGCGAAGUAUGCCGAGAUAAUAGAAAAGCUUCUAGUUUCUGCAGGCCGCAAAUCAAUAGAUCACCUUCACCGGAUGCGCUUUACUCCCAUGGAUAAUGAGAUGUACCGGAUCUUCAGAACAGCAUUUCCUGAGCUGAAUGUUAAGUGCAUUGAUGUGGCCAGUCUGAAGUCUGCAGAAGAAAAGGCGAAGUGGUAUUUGAUAUUGGAGAGCUGGAAGGAUUCUCUCAAGGAUUACAAUACGGGAACACUUUUAAGAAUUGACUGCGCCGCCCCCCUUUCCCCAGAGAAUUCCUGCAUCGUUCCUCGCAGUCAGUUCUAUUGCAUAGAGAUUGCGCGCUGCCGUGAGGGUCUAAAUGAUGAGUUCGUCCAGUCAGUUAUCGAUGGAAGGCAGACCACUGCGAAGCUCGAUUCACAUGCAUGA